UUUAAAACUAUCCUAAUAACAAAUACGACCAAAGUUAUAUUACGUGAAAACUACGUGUCAUCCAUGCGUGUAGAAGCCGAAAGUAUCUUUAACCAUCCAUAAGUACAUCAGGGACAACAACUUGACAAGAUGAAGCUGUUUUCCACAUUUAUCUUGUCUGCAUUCACUGCGUUCAGUGUACUUUUAGGCAAAACGUUUGCUAUGCAAACAAACCACUCGAUAAGAGGACCUAAUCAAAGCAUACAGACCAACACAAUUAGCAACAGACGAAUAUACAGGCUGCCACCCAAUCAAAUAGCCCGAUUAGACCGCAUUGCAGAUGACAUACAUUCAUCAAUGGAAACAAUAGGCGUGACUUCCACAGCCCUUAACGAGAAGAUGUUAGAAAUCGAGAAUGAAAUACGUAGUACAGCAAGGAUGCCGGUAACGCACAUCGAUCAGAUAUUCCUAAGGAUAGAAAGCAUAUUACGAACGAAACUCAUGCCUGAUAACAAUGACCGGUUUCCUAGAUUCAUUCCACGAGAUCCCGCGCUUAAGCUGGCGGAGUUUCGAGCACAGAGAACACUAAGAUCAAUGCUACAGAGAAUCUAUGAUAUAUGGAUCGACUCGUUUAUCAUAGUCAUGGACAGUGAAAGGCUACGUCCCAGGGGGUCAUAAACAUAGUAAGCUAAUAUAGUUAAUAUUUGGUGUUGAG